AUGUCCCACAACAACCUGACGAGCGCAAUGAAGAGCACAGCACAUACACAACCCCCCGCGCAUAUGCCCGACGCGCUUCGCUUGGAGAUCGCCAAACUCGAGAGCCGCGCCGGAAAGCUUCGUCUUGAAGCCGAGGACAUGGAACGGGACAACCCGUCGUUCCUCAAGUACUGCGUGUCCAAGAGGGGCAAUGCGCGGCGCGCGGACCUAGAGGCGCAGGGACUGGAUAACUUCGUCAAUUCGAUUGAGGUCGCUAGGGAGUAUCGGCGCUCGGUGAAGCGCGAUGCAUUAAAGAAGAUACAAGAGGCGGAGAAGUGCGAGAGGAAGGCGGGAGAGGCGCGUAAGAAGUUGGCGGCUCUUCGGGCUCCCAACGUGGGCGGGCUCGGUCAGGGGGUGCCUCUUGCCCUGUGA